GCACUGACUGGUGCCACUGACUGGCAGCACUGCUGGGCUGCGCUGAUGGGCACAGGUGGGUGGCACUGGUGGGCACAGGUGGGUGGGCACAGGUGGGUGGCACUGCUGGGCACAGGUAGGUGGCACUUCUGGGCACACUUGUGUGACACUGCUGGGUGGCACAGGUGGGUGCACUGCUGGGCACAGGUGGGCGGAGCUAGUGGGAGCAAUGCUGGGCACAGGUGGGUGCACUGCUGGCACAGGUGGGAGGAGUUAGUGGGCGCACUGCUGGGCACAGGUGGGCGGAACUUGUGGGUGGCACUGCUGGGCACCGAUCAUCAGGGCACUGAUCAUCACAUGUCAUUGGACACGGCUGAUCACGUGGUA